AUCAAGAGAAAAUUACAACUUCCCAGGAUACUAAAUCUCCUUUGAAUGUAAAAGGUGGACAGGGGUUGAUUCAAGAAGUAUUUACUCCAGAGCCGUCUCUACAAAAAUCGCAAAUAAUUCAAAAUCAUGUGAUUAAAAUUUCCGAGACCGGCGGUCCCGGAAAAUCUGACAUUGAUGAAGCAUGGCAACAUCUAACUCAAUUAUGUGAUAAAGCUUUUGAUGCUGAAGAUAGAGCAAAUCAAGCUAAUCAAGAAGAAAUUUUAUAUUGA